AUGUCCGCGAUGAAAACUCGGAGAGCCUUAGCCAAGGAGAAGCAAAAGACGAAAGCCUCGAAAGACCAUUCAGAACAGAAAGAACAGCUCGCUGCAGCGACCCAAGAAGAUCCGACAUCUCGUAUCAAGUCGUCACUCCAAUCGAUCGUUUCUCACCUGGAUUCAACAAAAGCUACAAGUGUAAGAGAACAAGAAAGCCCAAAGAACUUGUCAUUCGUUAUGAGCUCUAUAUACGCAAAGGAGUCCGGCAAAGUUGAAUCGAAAGACCUGCAGUUGAAUCCUUUGGAUGUUGAAACAGCGCCCGUUCCGCGACUCUCUUUUGGCCUUGAAAGGGUUCUUUUCAACCCAGGUGUUUACCAUCUUCGAGACCCCCGGUCUCGCGUCUACAACUUUGACCCUUACUUGGGCCAGAUCAUGCCCGUCACUGAAUUCGAUUUUGAUGCUUUGAAGGACUAUAUUACCUCUUCCAAGGACCACACGCUCCGGGAUAUAGCGGUGAAGGAGAAAAAGAAGUACAUAGGAUCAUCUUCGAGCAUGACCUCCGUGUUGUCACACUUUCAUUAUCUCCUUUCCGCAUGGAGGGGAGUUGAUAUUCGAACCUUGUCCCAGGGCUUUCCGGAUAAAUUAAGAUCCUUUACACGUCUCCUGCGUGCUCCUUCAGCCAUGUUUCUCCGGUACCAAGAUGGGGUUUAUGCCAUCGACGCUGACAAAGAGUUUGAGUCUGCCAAUAUUCUAAUGAACUUGGGAAAGUCAAUGGAGAAACUCCUUACCUUACCGAAGGAUGAUUUCGAACGCUACAGGCGGUCGAGUGAGAACAAGAUCUCUGCCGAGGAGGAACAGGCUAUUCCCGAGUCCUAUCAUUAUUCUACACUUGGUGAUUUCCUCAUGAGAUCUCAGUUGGAUGCGUAUGACCCCAGGCUUCCUGGAACUGGCAUGUUCGAUCUCAAAACGAGGGCUGUAGUCUCCAUUCGGAUGGACGCCCGUAACUUCGAACGUGGUCUCGGUUAUGAAAUUCAAAACCGCUACGGCGCAUUUGAAUCCUACGAACGCGAGUUUUACGACAUGAUCCGAGCGGCUUUUCUAAAAUACUCUCUUCAGGUGCGAAUUGGCCGUAUGGAUGGUAUCUUCGUUGCCUUUCACAACAUUGAGCGUAUCUUUGGAUUCCAGUACGUCAGCUUACCGGAAAUGGACCAAACACUACAUGGCCAGUAUGACACGGCAUUGGGUGACACAGAGUUCCGUCUGAGUCUCGCAUUGUGGAACAAAAUUCUAGACAAGGUCACGGCGAAGUUCCCCGAAAGGUCCAUUCGUCUUCACUUUGAGACCCGAGACGCCCAAACUCCGUUCAUGUACAUCUUUGCCGAACCCGUCACUGAUGAUGAGAUCCACUCUAUCCAGACCAGGAAUCAGGCUGAAAUUGAUGCGUAUCAGCGACGGGUCUUGAAUCUAGCUCCCUCCGAGGAAGAAGACGUACCAUCCACGGAUGGUAAAGAAGAGCUUCAGCCAUCAAGCAGUUCUGAUAAGCAAGAAAGGUCAGUUGAUGAAGAGACGAGAUCAUCAGAAGUUGGCCCCGACGAUUAUGAAGCGGAAUAUGACUCAUCAGCGCCACUUGACGAGGCUUUCAUUUCGGAGGUUGAAAAUGAAGUCGCGGAGAAAGCUCCUAACAAUGGCCGCGAGUUACUUGCAAUGACUCUUGUGACCAAGAACUUUGUCAACGGUAGAAUCGUUGACCGGCCCAACGACUUGAAAACAUACGACGAAUGGAAUGUCGAGUACGAACUAAGCGAAUUGAAAGGGGAAAAAGCACACGCCUUGUAUGCAGCAUGUCAGAAACGUCGGGAGAAGGCUCUCACAGGCCGAGGAGAGGAUGAACAAGAUGUCGCAAACAACGUAUACAUCCGGCGACUACGGGAGAUCAGCAAGAAGGGACGAGACUACCGCAGGAAUGAAAACAGGCUGGACAAAGCGAAUGGCAUCGUUGUGCUGGACGAUUCAGCCUAA